GGUUUUCCUCCGCAGGGCUCAUCUCGCAUAAGGAAAAUUUCGGGUCACUCAGCGCAGUUUGAUUUUUAUUUCGGCGAAGCGUUCGUUUUUCUCUCCGUUAUUCUCGAGCGGGCGUUUGUUUUUGACAUUGAAUUGCCUGGAUUGCUACCUCGACCGCAGUGCGCAGAUUUGUAGAAUAGUCUUGGAGAAGUAAAUUGUACUAGUAGAAGCCUUCUGCGCCGAGUUUUAGUGCCAUGCCAGUACAAUUUAUCGGUUGAUGACGGAUGUGUUUUACUUGAGUAAGUAACUACAGAGCACAUACUCGUUAUCCUGUUCCAUCGACAAUGAAGUUGCUCAUCGGGUACAACGCCGAUGGUUCGGAGUUGGCGGCAAAACUCGCGAAGCUCUCCCUCCCAGACGGCGUUGUCGUGAUAAGCCCGGACGGCGGUAGUACCGCUAGUACUAGUGCUCCUGCGCCAACCACUCACGAAGCCUUUAUAGCUGCUUUGGAAGUCGCUGCGGGUGGUGCGGAGAAGCUUGCCAGCCCCGGGCAAGCAGAGGCGUUAGGCGUCUUCGUCUGUCAAACCGGCCUGGAAUCCUCCUGCGGAUUGAAUCAGAAGGUAGUGUAGUUGCAAUAAGAAUUUCUUGUUCUACUUUCACAGUACUUUACGCAUUUUUGUUGCAGUGUGAGUUUUUUUUGCAGGCACACAGGGUAUAGCAUCAGAAAUGGUUCUUCUGUUUGCAUGAAAAGCGUUCAGCAGGAGCAUGUACCUUGAUUAAUGUUUAGCGACUUUGACUUUAAAGGGGCACAAGCAAAUCCGUGCUGCAGUGUGCCACGACGAUUACACUGCGAAAUUUUGCCGCCUGCACAACGGCGCCAACGUGCUCUGCUUGGGCCAAGCCACGCUGGGCGACGAGGUGGCGAAAGAGAUGGUUUUGCGCUUUCUCUCCACCGCAUUCGAAGGGGGCCGGCACCAAGGCAGGGUGGAAAAAAUUCAUGCGUCCUCACUGUAGUGUGCAACAGCAUGAGCGUCCACCGAAGAUCUUGGUGGAGCGAAUAGAACGACAGACCGCGCAGGAGUCUGUGGAAGCAGGGCGCUGUCAAGGGGUUUGCACACGUAGUUAAGCAUGGUACUAGUAUCAUUGAACUCCACUCGCAGGAUGCCACUGCGCAGCCGAAAUUGUGAACGACGACCUGCUCUGAAAGCGCUGAGUUUGCCAGGCGACAAGGUCUGCUUUGGCAGUAGAUGACUGAUCAAGUAAAGAAGCUGCUGCCCGAAGAGGCGUUUGGAUUGGCU